AUGUCCUACCAGCAAGGUUACCCUCCCGGUCCUCCCCCGCAGGCUUACGGGCCUCCGCAGGGCGGCUACUACCAACAGGGCCCUCCUCCCCCUCAGGGCUACUACCCACCCCCCAGGAAUACCAGCAGCAGCAGCCCAUGUACCAGCAGCAGCAGGCUCCUCCUCCCCAGGAGAAGAAGUCUGGCGGUGGUGGCUGCCUUGGAUGGUGUCUGGCCACCCUGUGCUGUUGCUUUGUCUGCGAAGAGGGCUGCGAGUGCUGUGCUGACUGCAUUGAGUGCUGCGAGAUGUGCUAAAUUUCACGAUCAACGAAUUUGA